AGCAUGAAUAAGAAUGGUGAGGUCAAUGAGAGCACCCAAGAAAGACUUACCCUGUUUCCUGACAAUUAUUUUUCCCGACAUUUAAUUCUAAACAAUGCGGAUGUUCUCAAGUCUCCUAAUACUGUUUGCUGGUGA